AUGCCUGCUUUGCCUUCACCUUACGCCAAAGGUGGGAGCAUAGUGUCAAUGCCUGUGGGGCCGGCCGUCCCUGCAGGGCCGGUUAAGUCGUCUUCAGGAAAGCUUGAAUCACUCAGGCUUGCAGGAGUGAGGGUCCCGAAUGCACCGGGGCAGAGCUGGGAUCAAAAACUCUCCGAAGCAAGGGAGGCGGCUUUGGCAAAGUGGCUUGGGAUUCUUGAGAGGUUCCCCGAGGAUUUUGGUUUGACUUUGUCGAUUCGGUUAGACCGGGAAAAUGGGCGAGAUUCCGACUUGAAGACCUCAUUGCAAGAUGUGUUUUCUCAGAAGGCGAGCGUCACAAUCUCAGGCCGUGCCGGGCCUCUAGCCAGGUACGUCAAGCAUUGCCGAGGUCACCAGGUCGAUCCUUUCCCUGUCACCGAAGCCGGGGUCUAUGCUUUCCUUCAAGACUAUGCAUCACACGAGGCGCCCACUUUCGCAAGGAGCUUCUUGAGCAGCCUCGCUUUUGCAAAGUUCACUGUGAGCUUGAAGGUGAGCGAUGAAGUCUUUAGCCCCAGGGUUCGUGGGCUGUCGUCGAAGCUAUAUCUUGACAAGAGACAGACUCGACAGAAGCCAGCUCUUAAAGUUGAUCAUGUGCGCAAGUUGGAAGCCAUUGCAUCUGGCUCGAUCAAUCUCGAACCCGCAGAUCGGGUCGCUGCCGGCUUCUUUGUUUGGACCCUUUACGCACGAGAGAGUGAUACCCCAGAUGGCGUUGUGGGAUACCUUGAGGCUGCUGUUGAGCGAAGCAAAACUUCGUUUUCACUGGAAAGAAAGGUCAGGUAUUUGCACAUGUUCGCUCCCAUCCAGGGAAUAGGCGAGGUGCCCUGGGGUGUUAAGUGGUUUGAGUUCUAUAAAGUGCAUGGGCCUCCUUUGGGGACGGGUAAGCCCUUGCUUCCGAGUCCGCUCUCUGGAGGAGGGUGGCAAACGGCGCCGCUGGCGGUGGCAAGUGCCACGAAAUGGAUGAAGUCACUCUUGAUCCGUGCAGGAUGCGACAGGUCUUCCGUCGAACCGCUUGGGACGCACAGUCUCAAGGCGACGACCUUGAGUUGGAGCGCCAAAUUCGGAUUAGCCCGCGAGGUGAGGGCGGCCCUUGGUUUUCACGCCAGGGGCCGUGAUGGAACCGAGAUCAUCUAUGGGAGAGACAACAUGUCUGCUCCUGUGCGCCGGCUGCAACAAUUCCUGCUCGAAGUGUCACGCGAAAGGUUCAUGCCGGAUGCCACCAGGUCCGGCUACUUCGUGAAGCGCUUUGGAGAUCCGGAGGGGAUGCCCAUUCCUCCUGACGAGGUUCUGUCGGAUUCUUCUUCCGAGGCCAGCGAGGAUGCCGAGGAUGUCGAUCAUGAAGCUGCGGAGGCCGCCGCCGAUGAGUUGGGGAGGCAAUGGGAGCCCGAUGCAGGAGGGCGACAAGUUCAGAUGUGGCAGGAGCAUCUCAACCAGCUCACGCAUCGCAUUGUGUAUGCAUUAGAACAUGCUGACAUACUUCAUGUGACUUUUAAGCGGAUUGCUAGCCGGGUCCUUCUCCUGAAGAUGGCGAACUACUCUGAGAGCCAAUCGGUUCUGCAGUCACGAUUGAGCGUCGUGGGUUUCGCGGAAGGAGAUGUCUUGAAAAUUCUGCCUGAGGUGGGAAACUUGAGGAGGCUGGCUUUCAUUUCUUCUUUCACCCCUGGCCAGACAGACGAGGAGCCUUUGAUGCGGGUGUUGAAGGAUAUCUUGAAACGAGAUCUGACAAUCGCAGACAAGGCCAAUUGGCGUGCGGUGUACAAUGAGGCUUAUGCCAUUGUGACCGCGGAAAUGAAGCAGCGGAUCGAGAAGGCCGAUCCCGAGUCGACUGUCAGGCCAUUGUCGCAGCCUGAGAGGUCUGAGCGUUACGAGCGGCAGGCAAAGAAGCUUGUCGGAAUUUCGCUAAAGGGGCCUCUGGAGCCUGCCGAUGCACUUGUCGACCUUGCUGUGGCCUCCUACGAGGCGAAUGAGCUCAGGUACAUUCCGUGGGACCGGUGUGUGUCAAAGGAAGCUGAAUUGGCUGGCGAGAAGAAGCGAGAUGUUAGGUUCACGGUCGAAGAGUCCUCUGGCAAGCUUCGGAUUGAGCAUAAGCAGCCUGACUUGGUUGCGGACACUUCAUCAGAGAUUCUUGUUCAGCAGGCCCUCACGAGGAGGUCUCUGGCCAUGGAUCAGGCGAACCUGAUCGAUUUCAGUGUCUCCGACCAAUGGACUCAGCGCUUGAUGAAGGCUCGCAUGCAGACACCUGCGGAGCAUUUUGUCAGGCCCACUUGGAAGCAGCUUGAGUCGGCGGAUCGGCAGCUGUUUGCCGAGCUUCGUGAUAAGACCAGGGCAGGAGUGCAGACCGUCGCAUCGGGUCGCCCGUUGGACACACUUCUGCCAGAUGCGAUGUACAUGAACGAAGAUGUUCCCCAGAAGCCGGAUGCUCCCAAGUGGGAGAGGCCAUCUCCUUACACCAAAGGUGGGGGCAAAGGAAAGAAAGGCUGCUCGACGAAGGGGCAGAAGUGCGAGAAGGGCUUGCACAUCUGUGCAGCGGCCGGUGCUCCAGAGAGUGUGCAUCCGCCGGUAGCGAGGACAGCACAGGUGGAUGAUCUCCGAGAGGGAGUUCAUCGGCCGAGCAAUGCAUGCGCGGGCGGCUCUCCUCCGAGUGGAGUGGAUUGUCGUCCGCAAUCAGGUGUUGAUCGAGAGGAUCAUCACGGCUCUCACAGUGCCAUCGCCAGGCCAUCACCAGGUGUGGUGGAGGCCGCACGCAGCAGGUCCCCGAAGCCCCGUGACGGGGCGGAGUCACGGAGCGGCACAACGAGCUCUUCACUUGACGAGGGUCAUGUGAGUGCCACCGAUGUUCUGCGAGUCUUCGAUGGUCUUCCUUCGGAUGCCUUGAAGAGGGGUGCCGAUGCACCUCUCCCAACUUCGAAAUCUUAUGCCACGGGAGCGUAUGUUCUUGGUGGUAAUGUGGGCUUGAAGGCCAAUGCCUCAGCCAACCCUGAGGCGCUCAAAGUCUUUGCAAGGAUGUUCGCACUGAGCGCCAUCGUGAUCAGUGGAAUGCCAACUUGCAUAACUUGGCGAUUGCACUGA